AUGUCGAGAGCUCUAAACAAACAUAUCAUCUCUGCUCUGAAGCAAGGCGACCAUGAGAAAAUAUUCAACGACAUUUCCGGGCUCUUGAUGCAGUCGAAAGAUGAUGGUCUCUUCGAAAUUGAAAUCCUCGGCCAAGGUCAUCCCAUGGGGCUGGACGAGAACUUUCUGCGAGACGAAAAUGCGGUUGCGAUUCCCAAGCUACGCAUUGUGCAGGCCUUUCUAUUCGCCAGGCAAAUCUUUCAGAAGCACUUGACCGAUGGUUCUGUGGGACGUGAUCAGUUGAUGGCUGCAACAAGCGUUCUGCUUCUGAUGGACCCUGAACACCUCUCAGCCGCCAACACCAGGAAGCGUCUUCUUUGUGACGCGAUCUCUACGCGUGACACCGUAAAGACGUAUUUAGCACGGGAGAAGUGGUUUGUGGAUAGUCUUCUCACCAGCCGACUGCAUCGACACACAAAGUCACCAACGUUGUGGAGCCACCGACGCUGGCUCUCGGAGAGAUACCAUGAUGCCGGGCUUCCUGUUGUGGUCCAGCAGGACAUCGAAACGGUCGUCAUGAUGGCUGGCGAGCGACAUCCGCGUAACUAUUAUGCAUGGACUCAUGCACGCUGGUUGACAAAGACAUACCUGGUUGUUCCAGAGCCCGACGUGCUUGUGCCACUAAUCCAGAGUGUCAAAAAGUGGUCUUUUAGACAUCAAUCCGAUAUUUCUGGCUGGGCUUUCCUCGCUCAUUUGUUGGAUAGACUGGGGAAAGACGACAGAGAGACAGCCUCAUUGGUUUUCAAUGAGGCUCUGGGUCUGGCAGAAUCUCUCCGGUGGUACAACGAGUCAGUCUGGUGGUUCCUACGCACCAUUGCAUCUUGGCCAGAACUGGGACAAAUCGAUAGGGAUAAUUUCGCGAGUGUUCAAGAAAGGCUGGUAGCGACCAGUGCCGAAGACUCUCACGAAGACAUAGUGCUGAGAACAGCACGGGCAUGGUGGGAUGUGUACGGGACAAAUGGCAAAGGAGCCUUUCCUGAAAACUUGUGA